AAAAAAAGGCCAAAAGGUAGCUGCUAGAACGCCGUGGUUGAACAUUUACGUAAGCAAAUGACAUGACAACUUGCAUCGAUACUUCCAUCUGUGUAAUGAUUGUAUGUAAACGGGCUGACGACGAGCAAGAGCGAAUGUAAACGCCCUUUCCUUCCCUUUAGUUAACUCUUGUUUUCUUCCGAAAGUUCUUUUAUUAGGAACUUUCUUAAGUUCCGAUUAAUUUAAUUCAAUCCUUUACACUCAACACCCUCCUUAUACCACCAUCUCCGUACUUUACAGUACAUUAACAAGCUACGUGUCUCUUGCGGGAAAUCUUCACUCUUGCCUGACAUGCUUCCCACCAUCACUUGACUACCAAACCUUAGCAGGUAGAUGCGCAACUCUAUUUAAGAAUUUACUACGCGCCCUGUCCUCUCAUUAAGCAUAUCGCGUCACUUGGAGGGGUUGUUUACCUCCUACCCUUUGCGGCUACCCUUUGCGGCCGGAAGGCCGUUGUGCUUCACGAUGGCAUCCGAUCAAGUCGACCCUGCAGCAGCCUCGAGCUCGACGACCUUUACCUUACAGGUCAUUUCGCCAUCUUUUGGCAUACCGCAGCCACUAGCGCUUCAAGAUAUUCCUGCCGACUUAACCGUCAAACAAUUGAAGGAGCGAAUCCGAAAUGCUAUCAAUAUGAGACCAACAGAUCAAGCCCAGCGGCUCAUUCACAGAGGACGCUUGCUAGCUCAAGACAGCGAGACAAUGACGGAUAUUUUUGGGCGAGAAGCGAUCCGCUCUACAGACCGUCAGUCGUUACAUCUAGUCUUACGAGAUCUUUCCGACGUUCGACCAACUUCUACACAAUCCUCCUUUCAUAACGGAACCCAGACGCCCAUCACGGGUCAACAACCCAUAGGAGGUCAAGUUCCUCCACAAGGGCAACCACAACAACGUCGCCCAGUCUUUCAGUUGAACAUGGGCGCUCCUCCGUUUCCUCAAAAUCCUGUCCCUGGAAUACAUUUUACUGCCCCCUUUAUGGGCCAACCGGCGAAUCCCCCGAAUGUUCCGCAGCACCAAUAUAAUCAGUGGUUACGAGCGAUGAACCACCCUCAACCCCAGCAACAAGCCCCGCAAGGGCCGCAAAAUAUACCUUCGGCUGGUCUACAGACAGGUUCAGGAACGAACACACCUGGGAGAACAGGUUCGCCUUUCCAGUCUGAUAACACUCGUACCACGUUUCGUGAAGGUAAUGGACCCAACGGCUUACAAUGGCGUGUCACUCUUAACGAAACGUUUAUUAACCCUCUACAACGACCGGGACGAACGGGAUCCCCCUUCUCGGCUGCUAAUAAUGCAAACCCAUGGGUUCCACCACCACACCCUGCGCUAAAUUCGGCUGGACGCCAAUUAUCCGAUAACGAAGUGGAGGGCCUUUUACAAGCUUUGGAGGCCGGCUCAGCCACGAGAACCAUGACCGAUGCUAUGCGCAGGAAUGCUAGCAGCUCUUCCUUGGCAAAUCUUCCAACUGGUCAAGUACAUCCUAUUCCACCAGGAGUUACAACGCCAUUGAUCCCGUCCCGAGUGGGGAGUGCUACCGCAACUCCUGAUCCUUUCAGGGGUCUCAGGCAAACCAGAGGCCCACCGGUAAAUCUAUCCCAUGCACAGUCGUCACAGGGCACGCCGGAGGUGUACAUUUUAAAUUCUCCUACGGGACCACGCGCCAUUCUACUCCAGAACGGCUCAGAAGCGUACUUCACGCCUCAGAACAGAACCUUGAAUCAGCCUAUGAACCUACCAUUAGGGCAGAGACCGUUUCCGUCAACAUUAUUCAGCCACUUGAACCCGCAACACACAACACCAACACCGACUACGCAACCGCAGAUAAGUACAGUUGGACGAGGUCAGCAAGCAAACAACGCCGCUCAACCACAACCCCAACCGCCCCAAGCCCACCCACAGGUUCAGAUCGGUCAUGCUGUAGCCCGUGCGGAUAACCCACAAGUACAGGCGAUUAGGAUAGCGCAGCUAUGGCCUCACAUAAACAUGGUUAUUCGUUUAGGCCUCUUCAUCUGGUGGUUCACAUCCCCGUCUUCUAGCUGGACACGUUGGAUUACGGUUAUUUCCAUUGCUAUCAUCCUUUUCUUGAUUAAUACCGGGCUUCUAAACCCUCUUGCCGAACAAUUCUGGGUCCCUCUUCGUCGACACCUUGAGAACUUAAUACCACACGGUGACGGUCAUCAGCAAGGCGCACAAGCACCCGCGCGAACUAGAAAUGCUCAGGGUGCGAAUGGUGAUGCUGCCGCGAACCCCGCACAGCAGGAGAGGGAAUUUAGUCCUGUGGACACAGCUGCGAGAUUGGUACAGCAACGACGAAAUGCCAAUGCGAAUUGGUUGAUGGACCAAGCUAGAAGGCUUGAACGUGCUGGCAUCCUGUUUCUCGCUAGUAUCGCUCCAGGAGUCGCCGAGCGACAUAUUGCACAAAUGGAAGCAGAGGUGCGAGCUGAACGACGAAGACGAGAGGCUGAGGUCGCUGCGGCAGCUACAGCCGCCCAGGAAGCUGAGAGAGCUGAAGGUGCAGAACAGAGUACCGCAAACGGCACCACCGGGGGAGAGUCAGGUGAACAGAGCAAUGCGGCCGCAGAUGAAGGAAGUAAUGAGAGACCGCCUGCACCGGAGGAGCCACUCAUUGCUGUGUAAACUCCGCACAUUCAGCCCACGAAUUGAAUUUACAACAUUCACGUGAGGAAGUUGGACGAUAUCGUAUUGGAUGGACGAAUAAAUGUACGGAAUAUUAGAGUUCUUUUGUUGCCUUGCCCCAGCUGAAACGAAACAACAGCUGCUCUAGGCUCACAAGAGAAUAUCUUUGUACCUUUGAGAUUUUGUUGUUUUACACAAAAGUUCAAGACUUCGGUCAGAAUGAAAGGGCCUCAGGGCCACAUUUGGUACUUCUAAAAAAAAGACGGGCUUCUUUUCUCUUCUGUUCUACUUCUUGCACAGCAUUUCGCAUGGAGUUUUGAGUGUGUAUGGAUGUUUGAUUGUUGGAACUGAGGAAGGAAACGAGGAAAGGAUAGGAGGAUGGGUGGACGGAAUUAUAUGAAAAGUCAAAAGUGAUGUAAAAUACCGCAUCAUGAAAAUGAAGAUAAAGAUAACAUGUCAAAUCGUGUCGUACAAAUUUUGCCUUAAGUGAUUUUAGAAUGCGUGA